UUCAUAUAACAUCCCUGUGAAUGUUGACUUCUCUCUUCAAAAUAAAAAAAAAUAGACACUUAAAAUUGUAAAGUAAACAAAAACCUGUACAAUUAAAUUCUCAAAAAUUCAAGUAAGAUGUCCUACCUGCUCACUGAAAUUGCCCUCGAUAUGUUGGGCUACAAAUUUUACGACAUAAACGGCACAUAUCGCAUAACUGACUUCCAAUCCGUCUCCGGGCCAACAGAUUGUGAUGAAAAAUCCCUUGAAGAAAUCAUGUAUCCCAAAGAUGCUCCCUGCCCAUCGACAGAAGACACAAAUUCCAAUGAUUCCGAUGAAUGUAUUGAAGUUCCCAACUUGCCUGUACCUUCAAUAUCGGUCAAUCAAGAUCUCCUAGUACUACAAAAUAUCCGAGAAUCCAUUGAAAAAGAAGUCGAUAGUUUGCGGGAGGAGAUUUAUCAUAAGAAAACUAAAUUUAUAGAAGAUAAUAUUAAGGUUAUCCGAAAGAGAGACAAAGCAGCUAAGAUUACACCGAAGGAAAUCCUAGAUCCUUAUAAUGAGAGUGAAAGUAAAAAUAUACGCAAAGAAGCAGAGAUGCUUGGGGAGUUUUUGAAAAAUGUCGAACAAAAAUUGGAAGAAGCUAAUCCGGAACAAUUCAAAGAACUGAAGAGAUAUAGAAUGGAAGAGUUUUUAUAAGUACAUAUGUUAUUGUUAAAUAAAAAAUGAUAAAACUGGGA